AUGGCAACGUUUGGGGAUAUAGGGCUAGCAGCAGCUAUAAAUAUUCUCACUGCAUUGGCUUUCCUUAUAGCCUUCGCUAUUCUCAGGCUUCAGCCGUUUAAUGAUAGAGUAUAUUUCCCAAAAUGGUACCUCAAGGGUUUGAGAAGCAGCCCAACUCACUCAGGCGCAUUUGUAACAAAAUUUGUCAAUGUGGAUUGGAGAUCAUAUUUGAGGUUUUUGAAUUGGGUGCCAGCUGCACUGAAAAUGCCAGAACCAGAGCUCAUUAGUCAUGCAGGAUUGGAUUCCGCUGUCUAUUUGCGGAUUUACUUGCUCGGACUGAAGAUAUUUGUUCCUGUGGCAUUGCUUGCAUGGGCAGUCCUGGUACCAGUCAACUGGACAAAUAACACUCUGGCUGAAGCUAAAACAACUGAUAACGUUGAUUUCAGCGACAUUGACAAGCUUUCUAUUUCAAACAUUCCACAUGGAUCACAAAGGUUUUGGAGUCAUGUAAUAAUGGCCUAUGCAAUUACUUUUUGGACAUGCUAUAUUUUACGGAAGGAGUAUGCAACAAUUGCAGCAAUGCGAUUACACUUUCUUGCUUCUGAAAGACGUCGUCCUGAUCAAUUUACUGUCCUAGUUAGAAAUGUACCACCUGACCCUGAUGAAUCAGUGAGGGAAUCUGUGGAGCACUUUUUCCUGGUCAACCAUCCAGAUCACUAUCUCACUCAUCAGGUUGUCUACAAUGCCAAUAAACUUGCAAAAUUAGUGAAGGAGAAGAGAAGUAAACAAAAUUGGCUUGACUAUUACCAGUUAAAAUAUUCAAGAAAUCAAUCGAAACGGCCCAUGAUGAAGACUGGUUUUCUAGGCCUUUGUGGAGAUAAAGUUGAUGCAAUUGAUCAUCAGACAGCUGAAAUCGAGAGGCUAUCAAAAGAGAUAGAUGAAGAACGAGAAAGGGUUAAAACAGAUCCUAAGUGUAUCAUGCCUGCAGCUUUUGUCUCCUUCAAAACUCGGUGGGGGGCUGCUGUUUGUGCACAAACACAACAAUCUAGAAAUCCAACAUUAUGGUUAACAGAGUGGGCUCCAGAGCCACGUGAUGUCUAUUGGAAUAACCUGGCAAUUCCCUAUGUUUCACUGACCAUUAGGAGGCUUAUUAUUGCUGUUGCCUUCUUCUUUCUCACAUUUUUCUUCAUGAUCCCCAUCACAAUUGUACAAUCUCUUGCAAAUAUCGAGAGUCUUGAGAAAAGAGCAUCAUUUUUGAAGGUGAUUACUGACAUAGGUUUCAUCAAGUCUUUCAUCCAAGGUUUUCUACCUGGGAUUGCUUUGAAGAUUUUUCUCAUACUCCUGCCGACAAUAUUAAUGCUCAUGUCCAAAUUUGAGGGUUUUCUCUGUAAAUCAGCUCUGGAGAGACGAUCUGCCUUUAGAUAUUUUAUCUUCAUCUUUGUGAAUGUUUUCCUUGGGAGCGUCAUAGCAGGAACUGCAUUCCAACAACUUGACAGUUUUAUUCAUCAGUCAGCAAAUGAUAUUCCUAAAACAAUUGGCGUAGCAAUCCCAAUGAAAGCAACGUUCUUCAUUACUUAUAUAAUGGUUGAUGGAUGGACUGGGGUUGCAGGGGAGAUCUUAAGGUUGAAACCACUUAUAUUCUUCCAUUUAAAGAACUUUUUCUUGGUGAAGACUGAAAAGGAUAGAGAGGAGGCAAUGGAUCCCGGAAGUAUUGGUUUCAAUACAGGUGAACCUCAAAUACAGUUGUAUUUUCUUCUAGGCCUUGUCUAUGCAGUGGUGACGCCAGUUCUGCUUCCUUUCAUAUUGGUUUUCUUUGGCCUCGCGUAUGUGGUAUUUCGCCACCAGAUCAUAAAUGUAUACAACCAAGAGUAUGAAAGUGCCGCUGCAUUUUGGCCAGAUGUCCAUGGACGUAUAAUAUUUUCUAUGAUCUUCUCACAGCUGGUCCUAAUGGGACUAAUGAGUACAAAAAGGGCUGCUCUUACAACGCCAUUCCUUAUUGCACUUCCUGUAUUGACCAUCUGGUUUUAUAGGUUCUGCAAAGGCCGCUACGAACCAGCUUUCAUCAGAUAUCCUUUACAGGAAGCAAUGAAUAAAGAUACUUUAGAACGUGCGAGAGACCCGAACCUGAAUCUGAAAGUCUAUCUUCAAAAUGCAUACGUCCAUCCCGUUUUCAAAAAUGACGAAGAGGAUGAAAACGAGGGUGCCAAUGAAAGGUUUGAGUGUGUGAUAGUACCGACCAAACGCCAGUCUAGAAGAAAUACACCAGCUCCCAGUAAAAUUAGUGGUGCUUCCUCACCAUCAUCACUGCCAGAUACUGGUCCCGAAAAUUUACUCCCUUGA